AUGCAGAGUCGGUCGUCCCAGGCUGCUGGGGCGCAUGACUGGCGCGCGGCUCUCAAAAACCGGGGCCGUUCUUUCCAAACGAUGCACGACUGGGGCGCGAAGCAGGAGGAGCAGCAGCAGCAGCAGAUGGAGAGUCGCGAGGGCGAACGUGCCGGAGACGGCUUGCCGGAAGCCGGUAGGCUUACCGGCAACUGGACCGGCCCGUCAGACGCCGGCAGGUUCACAGGCGGGGAUCGCCCGUCGGAGACGGACAGCGGAUCUUCCGACGUCAGCAGGGAAUUAUUGAACAACAACGGCUCGUCUUCUUACGUCAGCAGGUCAGCGGUUGCUGCGGCGUCUUACGAGGCGUCGCAAAGCCAGCGCGAGGCUUGUGAACCGGGCGCUGCUGCUAACUCCGCGCGGUCCGCGAUGGAGGAAGUGCGACGCGUGGAGCGGAAGAUGGAAGCCAUGGAAUCCAGGCAAGGAAAACUUGGAUUGGAUUGUGCUCUUGACUCGAAAGCUGAUCGGUCGGACCGGGCGGUUGACGCGGAUCGUCCUCUCGACUCGAACGCUAUCGAACGUAAAAUGGAAGCCAUGGAUCGCACCUUCGAGUCGCCUGAAGCGUCUUCUGACGCGCUACAGAAUGACGCGUUACAGAAUGACGCGUUGCUGAACAAAGCGGCUAUGGAACGAGCGAUAGAAGCCAUGGAACAAAUUGGCGCAAGUAGCGGCGGAGGCGGCGGGGACGAAGGAGCUGGUGGAAUAGCCGGAGAGGGGGGCAGCGGAGACGCGGAGGGGGGAAGGCGGCGGGGGAGGGGGAAGGAUGUGGCGGAACUCGAGAAGGAGGUUGAAGAGGCGAAGCAAGCAUCGCACCGCAUAGCCGUUAUGUUCUACCAGCAAGACCAGGAACUUAAAGACCUAAGAGAGAAUCACCUGGCGCUACAGGAGGAUCACAAGCGCAUAUCGGUUCAGCUACAAGCGGCGCAGGCGGAGACGGACGAACUGUGGAACCAGCUGGCGGCGGCGUCCCGCCAGAAGGAGGCGGCGGAAGCUACGGCGGCGGAACUGCGCCUGAAGAUCCGCAUGCUCGCGGGGAACGUGGAGGAGCUGGAGGGGGAAGCGGAGGUCGCCGGGGGGUGGAGCGGCGGAGGAAGAGGCGGAGGCGGAGGCGGCGGCGGAGGUGGGGGAGGGGUUGGCGGAACGACUGCCGUGGAGGGGAUUAGCAGUUUAGAGUCUGAUUUGGUUGGCUUGCGGAAACUCAAGGAGCUAGAGUGGGAGUUAAUAUCCGCGCGAAGCGCGCGCGACCGCGCUAUGACCGUCUUGGCGGGAAUGAGAGAGGAGUGGAACAAUCUCCGCAAACUGCGCUUGCAGUUAGACGCGCUGGCGGCUAGCAGGGAGGUUGCCGGCGGUUCUGCCGGCGCCAACGGCGGCCGCGGUGCUCAUGCGACGAACCGCACAGCCAGGGGGAAGUUUGCCGGGGAAGACGUGCGGGAAAGGGCAUAUGGCGGAACGAGAAGGGGGGAGGAGGACUCGGGGGAAGCGGGAGGGGAUGAGCUGUUGAAGGGAGUGGAGUCGGAGAUUGCGGAGGAGGCGGACAAGUGGCGGAAGGUGGUUGGUCAGCUGCAGGAGGACCACGUGCGCGCAGUCGUGGAGGCGCAAGACGCGGCGGAGAAGUGCGCGGGCGCGCGGAGGCAGGCGGAAGCCGCCAGUGAAGAAGCGAUGCGGCUUAGGCGGGACAUCGAGCGCGUAAGAGAGGAGAAGACUAUAGCGGAAGAGGAUCUGAGAGAUUUCCGCAAGGGGUGGAAGGACCUGGCCGGACAUUUAGAGACAUUCGCGGCUAAGGUGAGCGAAAUGGAUGCGGAAUUAGCGGUGAAGAGAAAGGAGAGGGAGGUGAUGGCGAUGGAGAUCGAACGGUCCGUGAAAGAGCGCGAUCUGAUGGCUGUGGAGAUCGGACGGGUGAGAAAGGAGCGAGAUUUUAUGGCCGUGGAGAUCGAACGGCUGCGAAAGGAUCGCGAUCUGAUGGCGCUGGAGAUCGAACGGCUGAGCAAAGAGCGUGAUUUCAUGGCGAUGGAGAUGGAUCGGCUGAGUAAGGAGCGCGCCGAGGCCGAAGAAUCGGCGGAACGCGCGCGGGCGGACAUGUGGGGGGAGCGGGAGAAGCGGCUGGGGGAAGUGCAAGAAGCGGAGGAAAAAGCGCGGAGGAUUGGGGAACGCGCGGGGAACGCGUUAGAAGCAUACGCGGAAGAGAGAAAAGAGAUUGAGAAUAUGUUACUGCACCGAGUGCAAACCUUACAGUCGGCGGUGGAGGAAUUGCAAGGGCAGCUGGACGACGUGCAAGGCGCGAAAUCCAGGCUCGCGCACGCCGCGGGCGCUUUCAUGCGAGAGUUUCAGUACACUGGCGCAGGGGGAAGGGGAGGGGGAGGGGGAGGCGGAGGGGAAGCGGAAGGAGGGAGAUUUCGAGAGGCAGCGAACGAUUAUUACGGUGAAGGCGGAGGUUCCAGGAGAAUGGGCGCAGGGCGGGUCUUUUUGGAUGAUGCGGGAGGGAGGUUGGGAAAUCUUGGCCCUCCAUCUACUGGAGAUGGUUUGGGGUUCAAAAUCGGACGGUCGUUAGAGCAGGGCCUGUCUGGGCGGCAGAUCAUUGAAGAGCUGGAUUAUCUAUCGGAUGGUGGAGGUUUGGGAAGCGGCAACGGAGGCUCGGCAGGCUGCCGAACCUCUGGUGCAGGCCGGGAUGAGACGGUCCGAGGCAUGGCUGGGCAGAGGAGCGUUGGGUCAAGAAGUGGUGGGCGAGGGGCAAUGGGGAUGACAGCAACAGCAGCAGUGACUGCUGUAGACUACGGAACAUCAUCCAUUGCGGGUGCUGGUGGUGGUGGUGGUGGUGCGAGGAGGUGGAGUGCAGCUGCUGAGCUUGAGCAAGCCUUACAGACAGAUAGGGGUUGUGGUGUGGGGGGGACUAUGGAUGAUGACAUGAGGUCAACACGCAGUGGCGGCAGCACAAGGAGGGCUUAUGGCGGAGGGAUGGGAGGAGCAGGAGGAGGAGGUGGAGGAGGAGGGACAGGAGGAAUAGGAGGAGUAGGAGGAGGGGGGUAUGGUGGUGGUGGUGCGGGGGCAGGUUUGCAGCCGAGGACCCCAAGAGAGAGUGCAAGGGCUGGCGUGUUUUCAGACGCAUAUGCUGCUCCUCGUUCAGCAUCUAGAGGCAGGGGCGGUCUGCGUGGUUCCCUGGAUGAAGAUGAUGGUGCCGAUGCUGUGUCAAUCGCCACUUCGAUCCGUCGGGAGAGAGAACGGGAGCGAGAGCGGGACCGAGACCGCAGCACCGAGUAUCUGCAGCAGUGCGAUCGUGAGCGUCGAUUCCGGGAUGAGAGGGAGGAUGAUGACAGGAUCUCCGCUCACGCUCUGGAGAAGUAUGCGCCGAACCUGGCUCGUAGUUUGAAUGUCGGCAUUGCAUCUUCGGGAGCAGCAGGAGGUGGUGGGAGUAGGCGUGGGGUUGAUGAUGAUGAAGAUGCCAGGAGUGUUAGCAGUCGUAAGUCGUGUCUCUCAGGCGCUUCAAGAGGAAGUAGGUAUUCCACCACUUCGUCUGGUGCUGCUGCCACAGCGGCAAGAGGAAGGACUUCAAUGGGUGGCGCGACAAGCUUCGUGUGGAACAACGGCCGGGGAAUUCCCGUGGAGGUGCAUGCGAAGGAGGGGUGCUACGUGCCGGAGCUGAUCUUUGGACACCUGCUCACAAGCAGCAACUACGACGACUCGGCGCGCAAGACCACGGGCGGGCGCAACGGGUACGGCGCCAAGCUGGCGAACAUCUUCAGCACGGAGUUUGUGGUGGAGACGGCAGACGGCAGCCGGCAGAAGAAGUACAAGCAGGUCUUCUCUAAGAACAUGAGCGUAAAAAAGGAACCAGUGAUCAAGGACUGCAAGCCCACCGACAACUUCACCUCCAUCACCUUCCACCCAGACUUGGCCAAAUUCGGGCUCGAUUCUCUAGACGCAGACCACGUGGCACUCAUGAGCCGACGUGUCGUUGACGUGGCAGGGUGCUUGGGAAAAUCCGUGAAGGUCAUGCUGAAUGGUACGCGCGUUCCUGUGAAAUCGUUUGCGGAUUACGCGGGGUUGUACCUUGCGCCUCCCCCGCCGCCCACCCCGCAACCCCCUGCCACUCCGCCGUCGUCAGGGGAAGGGGGGAGUGGCGGGGGGGAGGGGGCAGGGGCGGAAGGAGGCGUGUCUGCAGCAGAAGCGGCAGCAGCAGCGGCAGCAGCAACUUCUCAUCCUUCAACUCAUGAGAAGCUCCCAAGGAUCCACGAGAGGGUGAAUGACUGUUGGGAGGUGUGCGUGUCCACCAGCGAUGGGCAGUUCCAACAGGUCAGCUUCGUGAACGCCAUCGCGACCACGCGAGGAGGGACGCACGUGAACAUGGUAUCAGAGCAGAUCGUGAGGUACCUGCUGGACAAGGCGCAGAAGAAGGCUGCCACUGGCAAGCACGGGUCCGCCAGUGGCGCUGCUGCCAUCAAACCGCACCAGGUGCGCAGUCAGCUGUGGGUGUUUGUGAACUGCCUGGUGGUUAACCCGGCCUUUGACUCGCAGACCAAGGAGACACUCAACACACGCCCCUCUGACUUUGGCUCCAAGUGCCACCUCUUGGAAGACUUUCUCAAGAAAGUCGCUGCCAAGUGCGGGAUAGUGGAGCAUCUGCUCUCUUUAGCAGCGCACAAGCAGACCAAGGAUCUCAAGCGCAGCGACGGCAGCAAGCGGCAGCGCGUGUCGGGCAUAACGAAGCUGGAUGAUGCCAACGAGGCAGGCGGCAGGAAUGCGGAGCACUGCACUCUGAUUCUCACUGAAGGGGACUCGGCCAAGACUCUCGCGGUGUCAGGGCUGAGUGUGGUGGGUCGCGAUCGCUACGGCGUGUUCCCCCUGCGAGGCAAGCUGCUGAACGUGAGGGACGCAUCACACAGACAGAUGAUGGAGAACACUGAAAUAGGCCACCUGAAGCAGAUCCUGGGGCUGCAGCAUGGGAAGAGCUAUGAGAGCGUGAAGGCCCUGCGAUACGGACACUUGAUGAUCAUGACCGACCAGGACCAUGACGGGUCCCACAUCAAGGGUCUUCUCAUCAACCUGCUGCACUCCUGCUGGCCCUCCCUCCUCAAGCACCCCUCCUUCCUCCGCGAAUUCAUCACCCCAAUCGUCAAAGCCACCGGGCCCAGAGGCCGCACCCUCGCCUUCUACACCAUACCUGAGUACGAGGCUUGGAAACGGACCUUAGGCUCGGAUGCGAGGCAGUGGAAGGUGAAGUACUACAAGGGUCUGGGCACGAGCACGCCCAAGGAGGCCAAGGAGUAUUUCACACAGCUGGACCGGCAUCGCAAGGACUUUGAGUGGCGGGGGGAGGGCAACGGGGAGCGGAUCGAGAUGGCGUUCAGUAAAAAGGCGGUGGAUGCCCGGAAGCAGUGGCUGCGCUCCUAUGAGCCCGGCACGUACCUGGACCAGACGGCGCAGCGCAUCAGCUACAGCGACUUUGUGGACAAGGAGCUCAUCCUCUACUCGCUCGCUGAUAACAUGCGCUCCAUCCCCUCCGUGGUGGACGGCUUAAAGCCGGGGCAGCGCAAGAUCCUGUUUGCCUGCUUCAAGCGCAAACUGCACUCAGAUAUCAAGGUGGCGCAGCUAGCAGGGUAUGUGUCAGAGCACGCGGCAUACCACCACGGCGAGCAGAGUCUGAUGAGCACCAUAGUGAACCUCGCCCAGGAAUUUGUGGGCAGCAACAACGUCCACUUGCUCGUGCCCUCAGGGCAGUUCGGUACUCGCCUGCAGGGCGGCAAGGACGCGGCAAGCCCCAGGUACAUCUACACGCGCCUGCACAGGCUGACACGUGUCAUCUUCCCAGUGGCUGACGACGCACUGCUGGAUUACCUGGAUGACGACGGGCAGAGGAUCGAACCCAAGUGGUACGUGCCCAUCCUGCCCCUGGUGCUGAUAAAUGGCAGUGAGGGCAUCGGCACGGGGUGGAGCUCGUACGUGCCGACGUUCAACCCGCGGGACGUGGUGGCAAACCUCAAGAGGCGCAUGCGGGGCGAACCCAUGCUGCCCAUGCACCCCUGGUUCCGCGGCUUCAAGGGUUCCAUCCAGCUGACGUCAGCACGGCAGGGAGGAGGCAACUCGUACACCGUGAUAGGUGUCGCGACGCGAUUGGCCAGCAGCAGCGGCGGGCGCAAGGGCGAGAAGCAGCCGCAGCAGCAGGGGGUGACAGGUGUCUCGAUCACAGAGCUCCCGAUCCGAACCUGGACCCAGAACUACAAGGAGUUUCUAGAAGGGAUGAUGGGGGGAGGAGGGGGCGGGCAUGGUGGUGGGGAGGGAGGGGGGAAGGUGGCCCUGGUCAAGGAUAUGAGGGAGUAUCAUACUGACACUUCGGACUUUGACGGCAUUCGCCAGGGGUACUACGAGCAGAGGAAGGCGCAUCAACUCGCACAGCUGAGGCACGAGCUGACUUCUCCGUACCGCCUUCCUGCCCCUGUCCCUCCCUGUUUCUCGUUGUCAACAGUUAUCGAGGACUUUUACGGCAUCCGUCUGGGGUAUUACGAGCAGAGGAAGGAGCACCAGCUGACGCAGCUGAGGCACGAGCUGCUGCGGCUGGACAACCGCGCUCGCUUCGUGCGGGCGGUGAUUCAGGGCGACGUGGUGAUCACCAACAGGAAGCAGGCGGACAUUGUGGCUCAGCUCAAGGGCGACGUGGUGAUCACCAACAGGAAGCAGGCGGAUAUUGUGGCACAGCUCAAGGUGAAAGAGUCUCAGACGCCCGUGGCACGUGGUUUCACCCCUCCCAUCAAAUAUGCCACUAUUGUUUCCCAUCUAUCUCAUCCUUCUCUUCCCCCCUCCUUCUCCUAUUGUUUCCCUUUCCCCACUGCCUCCUUUCCUCUUGACCUUCCCCAGGCGCGUGGUUUCACCCCUCUCCCCAAGGGCCAUGCAGCCGCCCCUGUGGUGGUUGCUGACGUGGACCCGGGCAGCACUGACGUCAGCGCGGAUGGGGAUGACGUGGAGAUGGACGACGUGGAAACACCAGCAGGAAAAAAGACAGGGAGAGGAAAAAACACCCCAGCAGCAGGAAAAGCAGGAGCCGCAGGAAAAGCAGCAGCAGCAGGAGCAGUACCAUCAGCAGGAGCAGUGGGAGCAGCGUAUGAGUAUCUGCUAGGGAUGCCUCUGUGGAGCCUCACGUGGGAGCGCGUGGAGCAGUUGGAGAGGGAGAGGCGGGGCAAGGAGGAGGAGGUGGUGGUGCUGCAGGCCACGUCGCCCCUGCAGCUGUGGGAGAGGGACCUGGACCUGUUUCUGGAGACUCUCGAGGAGGAGGUGGUGCUGCUGCAGGCCACGUCGCCCCUGCAGCUGUGGGAGAGAGACCUGGACCAGUUUCUGGAGACCCUCAAGUGGGGUGGUGCUGCUGCAGGCUACCUCGCCCCUGCAGCUGUGGGAGAGAGACCUGGACCUGUUUCUGGAGACUCUCGAGGGGAGGGAAGGAGAGAGGAUGGUGCGUGUUUGUAUGCAUCAUCGUCUGUCUGUGUGGUGAGUGGGGUGGUGCUUCUGCAGGCUACCUCGCCCCUGCAGCUGUGGGAGAGAGACCUGGACCUGUUUCUGGAGACUCUCGAGGCUACCUCGCCCCUGCAGCUGUGGGAGAGAGACCUUGACCUGUUUCUGGAGACCCUCGAGGAGGUGGAGGCCGAGGCGGCUGAGGAUGAGAGGGAGAGGGAGCGAGCGGCCAAUCAGCACAAGGCACGUGGCAGGAACGCAGCAGGGAGGAAGGGCGGCAAGCAGCAGGCAGGGGGGGCAAGCAGGGGGAAGAAGGCGGGGGAUAGGGGAGAUGGGUCGCCGGUGGAAGGGAGUGGUGUCAGAGCAGCAAGUGAUGGGAGCAGUGAGGAGAAGGAAGAGACGAGGGAGGAGGGUGGUACGGAUGGUAGCGAGGAAAUGGAUGAGGACGGGGAGGGAGAGGAGGGGAGUGAUAGUGAGGGGGAAGACGAUGAGGAGGGGGAGGAAGAGGAGAGUGAAGAUGAUAGCGACUUCGAACCAACAACGACAAAGACUAAGGGCAGGGGUGCAGCGCCAAUCGAGAUGCCAACGCCAAGGCAAUCCACUCCCCGCCACCCCUCCCGCCUUACCCGCACCCAAGCAGCAUCAGCAGCAUCACCAGCAGUACCAGCAGCAGCAGCAGCAGCUCCUGCCCCCUCUGAUGCUGCCUCUCCCCAGCAGUCGACAGACCAAGCAGACACAGACGCACAGCGGCGAGCGAACGCACAGGCAGAGGACGAUAUAGACAUGUCAGGAGGAGGGCAGGGAGGAGGAGGAGGAGGAGGAGGAGGAGGGGAAGAGGAUGUGGAUGUGGAUCCGUCACCGCCCUUCCCACCGCCGUCGCCAGCAGCAGCAGGAGGCAUGAGGGAAUCGCCUCCUGUGAUUGAAAUGACAUCGUCCGAGGAAGAGGGUGGGGCGUUUGGCUUGCAGGCGGGUGGGGGGCUGCGGUUGGGUGAUUCGGUCUCAGAUGCAGGCGACACGAGCAAUGGUGACACAAGUGCUGCCUCUGACCCGUACUCUCUCCAUGCAUCUCCCUCCGCAUCCCCACCGCUCUCCACUCCUCUCCGCACCUCUUCCACCCCCAACCCCCCCGCAAGCACAGCCACACCUUCUUGGAUAGAGCGGGACUCUUCUGUGCAUCAGCCAGCGGCACACGUAGCAGUGGUAUGA